GGGAGGCGAACAAGAUUAUUGUUCCACUUGCUCCAAAACAGAGCUGCUGCUGGUACAUAUUUGCACACACAAAUUGAUGAUUCCAAGUUUUCCUUUAGUUUUGAAAAGUUGGGCAUCAACUUGUGCAUCAACAUUUUUAAAGCCGUCCGGAGGACAGAGAAGCUGGAAAAUUGGGACGAAAAUACUUACGUACACGAUCACCCGGAGCGGUGUUUGUGUGUGUGUGUGUGCAUAAAUAGUAUUUAGUGGAGGAUGGACAUUGCUUCGGGUUGUCACCACGUUGCGUCGUAAUUUUAGAAUAAAUUGCUUUCAGCCCAACAAACUUUCGACAUGGUCAAAUAGCAGUCAAGUGGUGGUUGGUGCGUUAUUUUGGCAAGGGUGGUCGUGGUGGUCUUGGUGGUGGUGCUUCCUUCCGUUGCAUACAUAUGUGCAUAUCUUUUCGGAUAUAUUGUGACACCUGUGGAGCGACCCGACCCCGUCAUUGACAUUUGGUUCCGUCGUUCGUCCUGGUCUUUUGUCUUUGUCUUGUCAGCCCGUGAGUCGGAGAUUAGAUGACCGUGGUUCACUGAAGGGUAGUAAUUUCCAGAAAUAAAAUCAAAAUGCCGCUUCGAAAAACGGUCCCCACUUUGCAAAAAUGUUGCAUGAAUUGUUUGGCUCGGAAUUGGGAUCUGAUUUGCUACUCGGUCCACUCUCCGCAAGAAAUGGCCGGGUUAUUGGAGUCGGACGGCUACCUGGCGUUUGACGGACCUUUCACCGACUUUCCGUCCACGAUGCUGGAAGACUUAAUGGAUGUGAUCCGAUCAACGAGAAAUUUGUCCAGAAAGUUUCUUCACUUGCUGCUCAUUGAACAAUUGCUUAAAUUAAAUCUCAGCUUCGGCGUGGCCGAGGUUUAUUACGGGCUCGAGUUUUUGCCGAGGUGUAAGAGACUUCGCGACCUGAACCUUUCCUACCUGAGACAUAUCGAAGCUGGUCAAAUUAUACCGAUCAUGUCGUACCUCCCAGCCUUGGUGUGUCUGAAUCUGGCCAUGUCGGCGACAAAUGAUGCCUUGUUGCGGAAAGUGGCUGGCUGUUGCCCGAACCUGGUGGAACUGAACCUGCAAUCCACCUACAUUUCUGACGACGGGGUCAUGAGUCUCUGUGGGGACGGGGAUCGUUGUGGCGUGGCUGGUGUGGAGGGUUGCCUCAAAUUGAGACGACUUACAGUGGCGGAGACGAGGGUGAGCUGGGUGGGGGCUUAUCAGCUCGUACGAGGCCUCCCUCUCCUCUCUGACUUCGACUAUGACAAAAUCUUCCAAGUAUUUGAGCACUUGGACCCCAGCUCACUCGCCAGUUUUGUGGGGGAGGAGAGAAAUCGUCCCCUCAAACUUCGAGCACUCUACUCUACGACGCCAUCAAUUCGGGGGGAGAGUAUCGACGCGGCGGCCGUGCUGUGUCCAAAUGUGGAAAUCCUGUCUGUGAUGAACUGCUGGAUGGACAAUGACGCUUUUUACAAAUUCAUGCAAUUUGAGCAUCUCAAAACCCUCACGAUUUUCAACAGUGAGGGGAAAACGAUCGACUACGGAGAAGGGAUCCUCCCCCUGCUUCAAAUUAUUGGGGGCACGCUGGAAAACCUGAUAUUGUCAAAAUUUGCAGUAGUAGACAUCGUCAGUUUAGGAAGAUCUUGCCCCCAUCUCAGAAAAAUUGCUCUCAGCUCAAUUCAAGAACUCCAAACGAAUCUGCACGGGCCGGAGGAUGGCAUUUUCAAAAUGUUGACGAAUGUCGAGCUCUGGUUGGAAGAUGACCCUCACUCGGGAUCUUACCACGUUUUGCUGCAACUCCUCCAAAAUGCAGUCCUGCUGGAGAAUCUUCUCAUCAAAAAGUCCACCGCAAUUGACCAUGAGCUACUUAAGAAGAUUUGGCUAACGAACCCCAUGCAACGUGUGUCCCGAAUUCUGCUCGAUUCAUGCAGCGGAAUAUGCGGAAACGCUUUAAACGACCUUUUCCGGAUGGAGAAUGAUUUGACCACAAUUCGUAUCUGGAGUUGUCCCAAAGUUGAUCAAGUGGUGAGGCGAGGUUUGAUGAAUUACAUUAAGGAGAAUAAUCUCUACGUAUAUUUAGAAUGGUUUGAGUAAGUGAUGUCUCAAGUUUCUGCAUAAAUUUGCAUAUGGUGUCAAUUUUAUGCAUGAUGACGACGAUUAAAAAUGGCACAAAACAUGUAUUCGGUCUUUCAUACAAUUAAUUAUUAUUUUGUUCUAUGUUUCUCUUUCUUCAUCAACUUUAUCAAGUAAAUUAUCGUCAUUUAAUUAAUUAUCGUCAAUAUUCAGUUCAGUGGCGUACAAUAAAGUAAGUAAAUCUACGUAAAAGACAAAUUUAU